AGACGGUGACUCAGUGAGUCAUAAUCCUGGCAAAGAAAGGAAGGAUACUGUUCUCUCUCUGGUUUCGUCCAUUAGUUCAUAUCAGACAUCUUAGGGAAAGCGGAGAACCUCACCGGGGGUUUCAUAAACCCUCGUCUCUCUCUUCCGCGUCCACUUCCAUCCUCCCCUUCCUUUGGAUAAAAUCUGAUUCCAGAGACAUCUGCUCUUUUUGUUUUUGCUGUUUCGUAUUUCCCGCCCAAAAUGCCUGCUCAAGGGGACAAACCAGUGAAGAAAGAGGAGGCUGAGGACGAAGAGGAAAACAGAAGUCUCAGUACUUAUCGGAAGAAAUCCGUUAAUGGCAGCGCAGAAUCUCGUUCUAAGCUAACCAAAGUUAAGAAAGAAGAACCCAGUGAAGAUGGGGAUGUCUCUGACGUUAGGAAAAGUUCGAAGAAGGUUGAGAAGGAGGAGGAGGUUGAGGAUUCGGAGGAAGAAAGAACUUUGAGUUCUUCUCUCAAAGAAAAGAAAAAGAAAAUCAUGAACGGCAGCGUAAGUCAAGGCAAAGUAAAGAAAGAAGAAGCCAAAGGCGACAAGAAAAAGAAGAAGAAAAAGAUGCAGGAAGAGGAUAAGAGGAAGGCCGCAGCAGCAGUGGAGCAGAACAAUAAGAAGAAGGAGAGGAAGGUGUUUGAUUUGCCUGGUCAGAAGCGCGUCCCGCCUGAGGAAAGAGACCCUUUAAGAAUUUUCUACGAAACACUGUAUCAACAACUUCCCAGCAGUGAAAUGGCAGCUUUCUGGAUGAUGGAGAGUGGGCUUCUACCUCCACAGGAGGCAAAGAAAGUUUACGAGAAGAAACUGAAGAGGAACCAGGAACAGAAGCUGAGGUCUCCAGUGAAAGCGGUUGUUGCCUCUGUGAAGAAAGCUGUGAAUAGUGUCACUGUUAAAAAGGCCAAGGCUUCAACAUCUCCAGCCUUGCCGGCAAAGAAGAAGUCAGUGGUGGAGUCAAAAACCAUUACCACGUCCGUGUCAAAGAAGUCUAAUAAGCGCAAGAGUAGGGACGACGACAGUGGCACCUCAGAGGAUGAUUCUGACGAUGACUUUGUUUUGGCUAAGAAGAAGGUAAAGAAGCCCAGAGCCGCGUAAAAGCUGGAAAGACAAAAAUAUUAGGAUACAGAUACACACUCCCACAUCCCAUCUGUGCCGGAGUGUCUUUGUUCUUAGCUUCUGUAUUUUUACUAUUUAGUGUGGUCAGCAAAUCACAUUCUGCAGUGGAAAAUUUGUGCCUUAUUCAGACACUAGUGAGUGAAUACUGAAUAGUGAUGUUCAUUAGUUUUUUCUCUUUUCUCCCAACCUAAAAGAAACGCCAAAGGAUAAGAGAGAUUAUAUUGAUGUUGCUGAUUAAUUAAUCUUCUUGUGCUUUUGCUUGCUA